GGUCAUUCCUCGGCCUUGCCAACUACUAUCGGAGGUUUAUCAUGGGCUACUCCAACAUUGCAGCACCCUUGACGGAUCUCUUGAAGAAGAACAAGGCGUGGGAUUGGUCGGAAAGGUGCCAGGAAGCAUUCGAGGCCUUGAAAGCAGCGGUGAUGAAGGAGCCCGUGCUCGUGCUCCCCAACCCGACGUUGGCCUACGAAGUGCAGACCGAUGCGUCCGACUUCGCGAUUGGAGGAGUGUUGAUGCAAGAUGGGCAUCCCAUUGCCUUCGAGAUUCGGAAGCUCAGCGAGACGGAGAGACGAUACACCAUUCAAGAGAAGGAAAUGACGGCCGUGGUGCAUUGCUUGCGCACAUGGAGGCACUACUUAUUGGGGUCAAAGUUCGUUGUGAAGACGGACAACGUGGCAACGAGCUACUUUCUGACGCAGAAGAAGCUCACCCCUAAGCAAGCAAGGUGGCAAGACUUUUUGGCCGAGUUCGACUUCGUCAUGGAGUACCAUCCAGGCAAGGCGAAUUCCGUUGCCGAUGCUCUUAGCCGCAAGAGUGCAGCCGCAAGCAUCAGCCAGCCCACGUUUCCUUUGAAGGAGCGGAUCGUUGAAGGCCUUGGCCAUGACCCCUUCGCCAAAACCGUAGCGGAGUACAUUGGGCAAGGUAAAACUCGGCGGUUUUGGAUGAAGGAUGGGCUCAUCAUGACCAAGGGAGAGCGGGUGUUCGUGCCAAGAUGGGCCAACUUGAGGAAGGAGAUCAUGAAGGAGUGCCAUGAUUCCAAAUGGGCGGGCCAUCCCGGCAUCGAGAGAACGCAAGCGCUCAUCGAAGAAGCAUAUUUCUGGCCGCGUAUGAGAGACGACGUGGAGAUGUAUGUGAAGACUUGUCUUGUGUGCCAACAAGACAAGAUGGAGCAGAGAAGCCCGACAGGCUUGCUAGAGCCCUUGCCCACGCCUCAGCGACCAUGGGAGAGUGUGAGCAUGGACUUCAUCAUCGGACUUCCCAAAGUCGAUGGAUGCGGUUGCAUCAUGGUCGUGGUGGACAGAUUCUCGAAGUAUGGAGUGUUCAUUCCUGGGCCAAAAGACUUAACGGCGGAGGAUGCGGCACGACUAUUCUUCAAGAACGUGGUCAAGUAUUGGGGCAUUCCUAGCAGCAUCGUGAGCGACAGAGAUGGGCGCUUCACGGGCAGAUUUUGGCGAGAGUUGUUCAAGAUCAUGGGCUCAAACUUGAACUUCUCGACAGCAUUUCAUCCUCAAAGCGACGGACAGACGGAGCGGGUGAAUGCCUUGUUGGAGGUGUACUUGCGGCACUACGUGAGUGCAAACCAACGAGAUUGGGUGAAGUUGAUGGACACGGCACAGUUCUCCUACAACUUACACCGCAGCGAGUCGACCAACACAAGUCCAUUCGAGUUGGCGACUGGGCAACAACCUUUGACACCUACGACGGUGGCAACGGGGUAUAGAGGCAACAGUCCUGCGGCCUACAAGUUCGCUAAAGGUUGGCACGAGAAGAUGGAGAUGGCCAAGUCUUACUUAGCCCGCGCUAGUAAGAAGAUGAAGAAAUGGGCGGACAAGAAGCGGCGGCACUUGGAGUUUGAAGAGGGAGACAUGGUGAUGGUCAAGUUCUAUCCUCAUCGCUUCAAGCAUCUCAAGAACGUGCACAAGGGACUGCUUCGCCGCUAUGAAGGGCCAUUCCCCAUCGUGAAGAGGAUUGGCAAUGUGGUAUACAAGGUAGAGCUGCCGACGCACUUGGAGAUCCAUCCGAUCUUUCAUGUGAGCCAACUCAAACCUUACCACGAAGACAAGGAGGACGAGCAGCGAAGGGAGCCGCAGCGCGCACCAACACUCGUCACCAAGACACACGACCAUGAAGUCGAAGAAAUCAUGGCGCGUCGUGUCAUUCCUCGUCGUGACGUACAUCCAAGCUUUGUGGAGUACUUAGUCAAGUGGCGCAGCCUUCCGGAGAGUGAAGCAACUUGGGAGAAAGAGCUCACGCUUUGGAAGAACAAGGACUUGAUCGAAGCAUUCCAUCAAGAGGACGCGACGAGGGCGUCGCGAGCAUAGGUGGGGGAGGAUGUCACAUGUGGCAGAUGACAUGGCGCCAACAAGGUGACAACAAGGCGGCUGCACAUGUGGCAUGCAUAGAAGACUAGUAGCAUAGAGAUGCUCCUAGGAUUCUCCACCUAAAUGAGAGCUUAAUGGUGCACUUAUGGGCUACAUUAUGGGUAGCAUUAUUAGAGUGCAUUAUGGGGGGACUUUAUGGGGUGUAUUGAUGUAGAGGGACCAUUAUGAGGGGCAUUGAUGCCUUGUAUGUGGAGAGGCCUAUAUAAGGAGCCAACUCCCUCACUUGUAACUCAUUCCAUAAUUUUUGAGAGUAAUACACACUAGAGAGUUCUCCCAAUCCUUUGUCUUGUUCUUGUUCUUAGCUUGCUUGUGAGUUUGAGAGAAAGGCUGCCUAGCGCUCUAACGGAAUUGAGAGCUAGGGCCGCACGAUCGAGAGUAAGGUCGUGACACUCCCCGAGGGCUGCUGUAGCUCCGCCCCUAUGAGCAGAUUAGUUAUAUUAUUAUUGCUUAGGUACGAUUCAAAUAUAAUUUGGUAAGAUCAUCGAUGGAUGGGUUUAUCCAAGUAUUCAUUGUGGUUCCAGGUUUCUUAUCCUUUUUUCUUCCAUUUAAUGACCCUUUAGUUGUUCCCCAGUUUUAAUUUCUUAUCCAUUUGUUAUUUAAUUUUAUCAAUGAUUUGGAGACCCGAGCUUUUAGUUUUUUGUUUCCAAUUGUGCAUAGUGUAUACUCACAGGCUGCAUUGAGAGGAAACUUUAGUUUGAUUCGACUAACAUGUGGGAGAGUAUCAUGUUUUUUUAGUAGAGCUGAAAAUUGGCCUGACUCAUUUCUGACGCACUUCAAUUCAAAAGAGUUAACUUAUAUAACUAAUACCUGUUUCGCUCAUGUUCUUUUACCUUAUUUGACUCAUUGGAGAGUGGAUUGAGAAGGUGGGUCGACUCAAAUUAACACACUCAUAUUUUAAAAAAAUUACUAGCAUGGGCCCCGGCCAGUUGGCCGGAAGGAAUGUGAGUUAUGAAAUUUGAUAAUGUAAUGGAGUGUAUAACUUAUUGUUGUAUAGGUUUUUUUUUGGAAAACGUGAUAAAAUAGUGAAUUUUAGCAGGAAAGAUACAUGAAUGAUGCAACGGAUCAAAAAUCAGUUUUAUGAACCAAAAUCCAAAAAAUUGAAUAAAAAAUCGCCUAUCUCGUCGGUUUUCGGGAAAUGAGCAUCUCACAAUUGUUGCUAGCUUUUACUCGGCCCGUUGGCCGAUUAAUUUGCUUUAUAAAACUUCCAUCUUGUCGUCAUUGUGCUUUUUAAUUUUUGCGAGGUCAUGAUAAAAUCUAAAGAAAUCAAGAACGAACAACACGAUUUGGGAUAGGAACCGUCGUUCCUGUAUCCCUAAAAAAUAGUGGUAAACACGGACUCACCUGCCAAACUGGUUUGGAUUGAGAUUUUUAUCGGGUAUCAGGGAACCAUGUGAUUAUAAAUUAGACUUGAUGAAAAUGGGGCAAAACUUGAAAUUCAACAUGUUUGACCGACCCAUACCAAACUCUAAUUAUUCUUUACUUUUAAACUUUUUAUUUGACAAUAAAAAUUAGUGAAAGAAAAGAGAUUACUGCAAUUCGCCAUUUGCACAUAACUGAUUCGGGAAUAAAACCAUAGAAAUUCG